ACAACCACACAGUCGAUCAGUGAAACAAACCUCUAAAAACGAAGCACGCCAAACUAUCACCCAGAAUGCUUGCCAUUCAGCACUCCAAACCCCAGAAGUGCACCCCAAACCUUCUCCCCGCACGCAUAAACCAUAAUGGCCCUAUUCCUUCAACAUCACAAUACUGGAAGCCCUCCACCGAUGAUAAGGGCACCCAACACGCCCACUUCCGCGGCCGACACCUCCAUGGCACUAUCGUGCCUCUUCCAGAAAACUACACCGGCGCCAUCCUCGCAGUGACGGACAAGCAAUUACCGCAGUCCAGACAACCCGCGCAGUCAGAUGGUGACGAGACAAUGGAGGACGGAGGAGAAGAAGAGAGCAUACCUGUAGAAGUCAAGAUUGCAGAACAAGUAGGAGAAUUUGACGAGGUCGUUAUUUGGGGGCACGGAAGAGAAGUGGACCCGGGGCAGGACAUGUUUGUCAAGGGAUUAAAAGAGUGGGUGGGAUUUGCAGAGAGCAUGCAUCUUGACGCAGACGACGGGACGGUCACAAAAGCGGAAACCGGGAAAGAAACGAAGGGUUGAGGGAUCGCCAUUAUGCUGUGUUGGAUUGCGAACACCACGAGUGUUUGGUGCACAGGGCUAUACGAGUCGAGUCGUAUUGAGAAACAUGCGAGAUGUGGUAUACGAGCAUCAGGGCUGAAUCGUUGUCAAAAAGAUCAAAGCAACGUCAAGUUUCAUGCUCUACUGUUUGAACACCCGGGUCUUGUUUCACGCAGUCCUCUAGUGUGUAGACGACUACAUGCAAAGACGAUGGGCAUGACGAAGAAGCAGAUCUAUACUACGAUGAAAGAGCCAACUUGACGCUGCCUGAGAUAA